CCUCUGUGGCUCCGGCCGCCCUGUUCCCGUCGCCGGUCCCGGGAGCGAGAAUGACCCCGCCCUGGCUUGUUUAAAGUGCACGCUCUGUUCCGUCCGGCUCCGCUGGUGUCUGCAGGGCCUGAGGGUCGCCGCUUUCCGAAAUGGCCGAGGCGUCGGACAAGACCGUCAAGUACUACACCCUGGAAGAGAUCCGGAAACACAACCACAGCAAGAGCACCUGGGUGAUCCUGCACCAGAAAGUGUAUGAUUUGACCAAAUUUUUGGAGGAGCAUCCCGGCGGGGAAGAAGUCUUAAGAGAACAAGCCGGGGGUGACGCUACCGAGGACUUUGAGGACGUUGGGCACUCUUCAGAUGCGAGAGAAAUGUCUAAAACAUUUAUCAUUGGGGAGCUUCACCCAGAUGACAGAAAAAAGAUAACCAAGCCUUCGGAAAUUCUUCUUACUACCGUUGACUCGAAUUCCAGCUGGUGGACCAACUGGGUGAUCCCGGCCAUCUCGGUGCUGGUAAUUGCCCUGAUGUAUCACUUCUACAUGGCAGAAGACUAGCUACAUCCUCAGAAGCUAAUGAAAGAAAAGACUGCUUUAGACCAGGGAGAAUGAAGCCCACGUUAACUGUUUCAGCUGACAGAAACCUUCACCUGAACGUAAUUGUAAUACACUUCUUUCCCUUUCCUCCUACGUUAGAAACAAACCAAAAAGAACUGUUCUCUUCUCUCUGCUCGUGAACUUUUGCAGUGUGCCUUUUUAUUCAUCAACUUUAUUUUGAUGUUCCAUGACUACAUAAUUUACUUGUUGUUAGUAGGAUCUUCUAAAAAUAUAUCUGACUUUUAAAAGAUA